UGUGUCCAAGAAUAAACAGUGCCCUUAUCUCUUCGCCUCUCUGAGCUCUCUCUCUCUCUCUCUCUGUCUCUCUCUCUUUAAUAAAUGGUCGACUCUCUGUAAGCUCUUCGCCUGUCUUCCGAAUCAAAGCAGGUAAGUUCAAUUUCUGCUGGUUUAAUCGCUAUUCUCAAGAAAAGAGAAGCCGAGUGCCAUCUCAUCCAUGUCUGUCGGCGCCCAAUAUUCUAUCUGCUAUCCUUCACCGUCGUUCCUCCCGGUUAGCUCCUCCAGGGCGGCGGAGCCGAAGCCCUGCCGCAGCUGUAGAAUCAUCUCCGCGACUGCCCAGGGGGGAGAAAGUCGCAGCAGAAGGCGCGUAUGGCGCCGCCGCAAGCUGACGAAGGAAGACGACAAGGUACGGUACAAGAUGGAGCGUAUCCCGUUCCUGGAGGAGCAAGUUAGGAAGAUACGGCAGAACGGGAAGAUAAUAUCUAUGGACAUCGAGAAGCUAUUGCUCUCUGAAGAAAACAGGUUUGCCUUUGUGAAUGAGGUGGCAGCGGAGGCCACGUCGUACAUCGAGAAAAAUAGAGAUGAAUACGGAUCUAAGAAAGCCAUAUUGCAUGUUCUCAGCAACCGCAUGAACGAAGCUGGUUUUUAUCGUACCGAGGCUUACAUGGAACCCGAUCCAUUCAAGCCGGGGCCUAAUUAUUUGAAAGAAGGAUUCGAUUAAGUGAAUAUUUCCUGCCAAUGCUGCUUGUCAGGCUCUUCGGCAAUUUCUAGAUUUAACUUUCUUUUACGGGUAGAAUGAAAGUACCUUGUAGCAGGAAGAAGUGUUGCUCUGCUGAUGCCUUAUUUUACUCUCAGGACAUGUCUUUGCAUUUAUAAGGGUUUAAAAUCCAGGUUGGCUUUAAAUCAAGAACUGUAGGUCUACAUGACUGAUGGUGGAUGUUGUGCUUCUGUAACUGAAUUCUUUUAAUCCCUUUGGUUGAAAAAAAAUACAUUUUUUUGAAUAA